GGUUGGGGUUGGGUUCCAUGACAUCACCUACGUAAAUGACUUCAUGUAUCUUCGGCGUACCUCGACUCUAAGAAAGAUCACGCCGAUACUUGAUCAAGUUGGUUUGUCCCGUCAGUCUCUGAUAUCAGCUCGACAGAGACUAGGUAUUCGCCAUGUCUGAUACUGAGAUGGCCAAGGAGAUCGUGCCCAUCAUCAAGUCCCUCGCCCAGGGCACUCCCUCCGACCAGGAGCGCGUCAUCAACUCCUACUUUCUCCCCGAGGCGUCCUUCAUCCACAAUCUAUGCCGCGUGCCCUCCUUCAACCCUCGCCAUGUGCCCUUCACCGACCUGACCAUCGGAUCGCGAUGGUUCGUCCUCAUGAUUUACCGCUGGUACCGCAUUCUCAGUCCCCAUAUCGAUCUCCAGGUCAACUCAGUCGUCCACGACGAAAAGUCGGACCUCCUCUUCCUCCACAUCCGCCAAAUCUUCACCUUCUUCUUCUUCCCCCUCUACCACGCCGACGUCAGUCUAAUCACCCUCCUCCGUUUGGAACAGCGCCCCCUCUCGCCCCAAGGCGGCGCCGCCCCUCCCCCCGAGCCCGCCACCAUUACCACAGACAACGGCUCCCAUGACAGCUACGCCGCCGUCGCCGCUGUGGCUGGCGCCGAGGCCAACGGCUCCACCGACCUGCACGACGCCAGCCUGUCCACCCACUACUUCAUCGCUUCCCAGGAGGACUUUUACCAGCCCACCGACCUCCUCAAGUUCAUCGCCCCCUUCUAUGGCGCCCCGCUGUAUGCUGUUUGGCAGCUCUUCGCAACGCUCCUUAGCGCCGUUGGUGCUUUGAUCUUCGCUCCCCUGUGGUGGACCGGGAAGCCUGGCUUCCGGGCCAAGCUUGGGAAGAAGGAGGCUUGAGACAGGGCGGGUGACCGAGUUUCCUUGCUCUCGAUUACCCGGGUAAUUCCAUUCUAUUGUGUGAAUUUUUCGGGCCGUGGGCGCCUGGGUCAGACAGAGGAUACUACAUAUUUGUUAGUUAUCGGGAGUGAUAAGUAACGGGAUGGGAGAAAAAUUGUGACAGUAAAACCAGGGGCUUGCAAGGGAUAGGUACCGGUCCGGAGUUCGGAAAUCGUAUCUUAAUCGUUCCUAUUCUUCCUUUGAUGAAUCUCCAUACCUCUUCGCAAG